GUGUCAGUGACCGGUAACAAACAGCAUUGUCUAGGACAGGACUGUUUACACGCGACAGUCGGGCGCGAGGCAGGAGGUGGUCCGAGGCGGUGAGUAUAUAAACGCGCUCCAGGACGCAGGUGCAGGGUUUUUUCCCCCCCAGCAGAUCAACUCGAGCAGAAUAAGUUCAAUCCCAUCAAUCCGCGUCACUGUAACGUACAGAAAGGCAACACUGAUACAAGCUCAGGCUUUUUAGUCAUUUGCGUUCAUACAUAAAUCGGAUGAGAUUAUUUAUUUAUCAUGGAAUUACGGAUUAUUUUCCCCAUCUUGUCCAUGCUUUCUUCAGGAAUCUUUCACACAGCUGCACCGGCGUCUUCAGUCAGCACACGCCAUUCCAGACCCAAACGAUGCUCCUGUGCCACUUUUCUGGAUAAAGAAUGUGUGUACUUCUGCCACCUGGACAUAAUCUGGAUCAACACUCCAGAGCGCACUGUAUCUUACGGCCUGGGAAAUGCGCCCCGCAAGAAGCGCUCAGCGCAAGAAAUGUCUCGCGCCACCGAGCUCCUGCGCUGCGAGUGCGCAAAUAGCACCGACGGCACGUGCAUGUCGUUCUGUCACACACGCAACACACGAAGGCAUAAGGCAGUGCGUGACAAGGUGAUCCCUAAAGCCGGCGGCCAUGAUUGUGCCGAAAGGAAGUGCAAAUCCGACCUGGCAGCCAAGACGUCUGAAAUUAAAAGGGGUCGUGAAAGAGUUGUAAGGGCCACCAGGCCGCUUCAGCUGCUCCUGGGGAAAUGGAGAAUGAGGUCGUCCCUCAACACACAAGACUGGGCUGCGUCCUAGAGGCACACACAUGGUGCAGGACUUUACACGCCAUGCUGAGAAAGUAGCUUUCCAACCUGAGACAUCCUUCUCCUGAAGCUGCCAAUAAGUGAUCAUAUGCCUUGCAUUUGCUGAGAUGUGCUGGACCUUUACACACAGCUGGCACCCGUGGUGAUAGUGCUUUCACUGGGACGCUUUUGACAUUGUGGAUAAGUUUCAAAGGGAAACAAAACAAGGACCUCUUUGAAAUCAUGAAGUUAAACUCACCUUAAUUGCUUAAAGUAUACUCAUGGAAACGUAUGUAUUUGAAUUGGGACUUUUUUUUUUAUAGCAGGACUAGUCGAGUGCUACAUCCACAUACAGUACAGAAGUGCAUCUGGUGACAUGCAGAAUGUUUUGAACAAUGCUAAUUAAGAAAAUUGGGAGGAUGUUUAUUUUGCUACAAUAUUAGAUACUCUAUUUUUUAAUCAUCUUUAAUGUUCAGUUCUUUUUAGAAGCUGUAUACUGAU